AUGACACAGCCUGCCCGGCGACCCACGGCCACCACGGAGAGCGUCGAGAUCGCCUUCUUCGGCGCCUCCUCCAUCCCCGACCCGCAGUCCUCGCCGGCCACCCCGCUCCCGGACAUCCCGUUCCUGCACGCGUCGACGCCGCCCCCGCCUCCUCCGCCGGCGCCGGUGCCGCAGAGGCAGAAGCACGGCAAGCACCGGUCGCGCCCGGGCCGCCUCAUCCGGUCGGUGCGCGCCGCGUUCCGGUCGCUCCCGACCAUCCAGGCCCCGUCCUGCCGCGGCAUGCCGUCGCUGCACCACCUCCCGGGCCUCUACGGCCCCGGCGGCGCCGUCAGGAGCCACUUCCACGGCGCCACGCAUGCCACAGGGACGCUGUACGGCUACCGCAGGGCGCGCAUCACCGUCGCGUUCCACGAGAGCCCCGGCAGCCCGCCGUGCCUGCUGCUGGACAUCGCCGUGCCCACGGCCAAGUUCAUCCAGGACGUGAGCGCGGCGGGGAUGGCGGCGCCGCCGCGGCGGCUGCUGGACGAGCCGGUCUGGGCGGCGGAGGUGAACGGCGAGAGCGUCGGGUACGCGUCGCGGCGGGAGAUGGCAGAGCGGGACGAGCGCGUGAUGCAGAUGCUCCACGCCACGUCCAUGGGCGCCGGCGUGCUGCCGGCCGACAUGUCCCACCCGUCCGACGGCGAGCUCACGUACAUGCGCGCGCACUUCGACCGCGUGGUGGGGUCCAAGGACGCCGAGACGUACUACAUGCACAACCCCGAGGGUGGCGCCGCCGGGCCGGAGCUCACCAUCUUCUUCAUUAGGACUUAG